AUGCUUUAUAAUAGUUUUGCUGUUAUUUUGGCCAGUGAACAGGAAGAACUGACAACAAACGCUAUUUAUUUUCGGGAAAGCUCUCGUCGACCUAUUCAAGUUCUUCUGAAGGAGAAGAUGAAACUCGAAAUAAAGUUGGUGCCCCACCCUAUUGGGGAGCCUUCCCAUGCUAAUAUACUUUUAUCUGCUAUUGUUACAAUAUUUUUUUCAUUAUUCGAUGUGGUGAAGCAUGCAACGAUUUCUUCAAGUUCCACUUACAAAAGAAACAUUGAAGAGGUAGAUGUUCUCAUCAACAAAUAUCGUGAAAUAACAGCAAACAAUAACAAGAGGGUGGAGAAGCCAAGACGACCUUUCAGUAAAGCAAAAGAGAGGGGAAAAACAAUGCGACUUUCUCUUUUCACUCCCAAAACAGUAGCAACGACAUCAUGGUUGCCCAAAAGAAGCACUGCCAAUUCCACCAUUAUUAAUAACAAUAACAAUUCCAAUAGUGUUGAAGAUAAUGUUGAUGACAAUGACCUCAAAGAAAUUACUAGCAGAAUCUUGGUGCUUUUAGUAGAUUACAUACCCCACAUCCAUUGUGAGCCCCGAUCCAGCGGAAGCAAUACUAACAACAUCAAAAACUGCACCACCAUCGACAAUAGAAGCAAUAACGACAACGUCCACACUAACAUAUACACUACUAUUACUACUUCCACAGCCAAAACCACCUCCACUGAUACAGGAAAAAGAAGUAAACGAAAAAUACAAAAACAAAGCCAACUGGAAAACCUACAGACUUAA